AUGAGGACGCGGGAGGUGGAGGCGCUGCCGUGGAGGAACCGAUCGUCGAGGUUGAGCGGGGAGGACCGCCAGACGUGGUGCCAUCGGGAGGAGAGGACCUGGAGGCGGGCGCCGUCGCGGGUGGGGAGGCGGGUGACGAUCUCGCCGAGGACGCAGUCCGGGAGGAGGCUGAUCGAUCAGGUCCUCGCCGCUGAUUCUCAGAAGGUGCUGAACUCCGAUUUGUUUGCUGGUUGGAAAUACGCGGCAAGAUACACAGCAAAAUGCUCUCUCAAGACACAUUACGCCGCUUACAUCGUGUUCAAGUUAGCUGAUAAAUCCUAUGGGCUGGAUUACCCAGCACAAGAGGCAUCGAUCACCUUUGCAGGAAGCACGUCAACUCGCAAAGUCUGCCUCCAAAGCGAUAUUAAUGAGGAUGAGGAUCGUGCAGGCACCAGGAAACUAUUCAGUAGAAGAUACCAUCGUGCUUGUUGUGCACACUUGGUGUUCCCUCAAAAAAGAACCGAUGGUUGGAUGGAACUGAAGCUGGGUGAGUUCCACGUCCAAGAUUGUGACACUGCUGGUGAGGUCUGCAUGAACCUCAUGGAGACAAAUGGAUGUGAGAUUGUGCGCCUGCCGCAGGAGCUUCUCAUGAAGGUGCUCUCCUACAUCACGCCACAAGACGCCGGCUGCGUCGCUGCAGUUUCCCAGGCUUUCCGUGCCAUUGUGGACUCUGACACCUCCUGGUCCUGCUUUGUCCCCGACGUUCACGACCUCCCCCGGCUCGCGUAUGUAGACGAUAUGGACUACUCCAUCCAGCGGACACUGUCCAAGAAGGAGAUGUUCCUCUGUCUCUCUGACCGGCCCAUCCUACUUGCUGACCACCGCAUGAGCAUGUGGUUAGACAGGCAGACCGGCAGCAAGUGCUACAUGCUAUCAGCGAGGGCGCUGAACAUUGCACGGGGCAAUACACCAAAGCAUUGGCGCUGGAUCCACCUCACGGACUGCAGCUUUUCAGAAGCAGCCGAGCUCCAGAGUGUUUGCUGGUUGGAAAUACGUGGCAAGAUAAAUAGCAAAAUGUUGUCCCUGAACUCAACCUAUGCCGCUUAUAUUGUGUUUAAGCUGGCUGAUGAAUCAUAUAGGUGGGAUUUUUCCGUCCUGGAGGCGUCAGUUCGUAUUGGAAAAUGCAAAUCAACCCGCGAAGUUUGCCUACAUGGAGAUGGAGAUAUGCACCCUCAGCAAAGGGCUGACGGUUGGAAGGAAGUUGAGAUGGGCGAGUUUUACAAUAAAGAAGGUAACGAUGGCGAGGUGUCCAUCAGUCUAUCAGAGACAACAGAAUUGCAUAAUAAGAAAGGUCUUAUUGUGUAUGGGAUUGAAAUUAGACCAAGAAAAUAA